CCGGCCUGCGGGUGCCUCCGCCAUCCCAUUGUUCGCGGGGAGGCCGGGGUGCGAAGCGCGGAGGCUGCGUGGCGCCCGCCCGCCCGCGCCCUCGGCCCGCUCCCCUCCGCGCCGGCGGGAGCCGCAGCCCGGCGGCCCGAGGGACUGCGGCCGGCUGCGGCGGGCUGCUCCGCGCCGGCAUCGCCACCUCAGGUGCCCCGCCGGGAGCCGGGGCAGGGGCGCGACCCGCUCCCGAAGCAUCGUCCCUCGGCGGGCGCCGGCGGAGGAGGAAAGUUGCUCCCUUUCCCGCAGCAAGCGCAGGAGCUGCUGGCCUGUCCUCACCUGGAAGGACUGAGCAUUCCCCACCUUUCCCAUCAGGUGUCUUUGCCGCAGCCAAGCCGCCGUAUCCGGGCGACAACGGGGAGCAGCAUAACGCCGCCCCCCCCCGCGCGGCGCUGGCUGUCUGGUCUGUCUCGCCGUGCGCCCGGGAUCACAGGAGGAUCUAAGAGCUGCGAGCUGUCACCGAGGAGAAGGAGGUAGUGGAUGAACUCCCUUUCCAGCAGGGCAACGAAUCACUUCUCGAGCUGCUUAUUAUUAUCGUGCUCUAGGACCAGCCCUUUCCUGCUAAACUUGGCUCGGGAGCUUACAGCAGGAGGGGCGCGGGGGGUGGAAAAGCCGAGCCCAACAUCAUCUCGUGUGUUUGACUUUUUUUCCCUCCCUCCCUGCUUCCGUGAGACAGUUUGAUGAACGCCUGCGAGAGAGGCAUGAUUUGCUGAAGCGCCUCCGGCAGGGCGGUGUGUGCGCGGUGUCAGCGCCGCCGCCGCCCCCCGUGGGGCUGUGAGCGGCCCGCGGCGGGGGCCGCGCGUGGGAGCGAGCCCUGUGCCGCGCUGCGCGGGCCGCCGCGCAGGAAGCGCGCCGCCGGGGCAGGCGAGGCGCUGCGGCCUCUCGCCGGGGGCGGAGGGAGGCGUCGCGGCUUCGCAAGGGGCGAGGAGGAGGAGGAGGAAGAUAAGGAGUCAGCCCAACUCUGCCGUAGCCCGCGCCCGUGGCUUUGCUUCGCAGUCGCAGGGAGCGUGUGAAGACGAGACCCAACUCUUGCAUCUCCGCCGCCACCCGACGGGCUAGCGAGGGAGGGCCCGGGCCGGCCCCCCUCCCAGCGGAGCUGCCUUCCAGCAGCGGAUUGGUGCCACCCAUCUCACUUUGCCGGGGUUGCUUUUUGUUUUUUGCCUCUUUUUGGCUCAGCUUUGGAUAGAGAGGACUCCGCUUUCUUCGCGCCCUGAAAGUUGCCCAAGUGCCCGCCGCGGCGCGGAGGAGGGCGGCGCUGCCGGGGCCGAGGCCGGCGGGCGGCGAUGCGCGCCGGGGGGAAGCUGCCCCCGUGCCUGGGGCGGCUGCUGCUGCUGCUGCUGGCGGCGAGCGAGGUGGCGCCGCAGCCGUGCCCGGCGCAGUGCUCCUGCUCGGGGAGCACCGUGGACUGUCACGGGCUGGCGCUGCGCGGCGUCCCGCGGAACAUCCCCCGCAACACCGAGAGGCUGGAUCUUAAUGGAAAUAACAUCACAAGAAUCACCAAGAUCGACUUUGCUGGUCUAAGGCACCUUCGAGUUCUUCAGCUCAUGGAGAACAAGAUCAGCACUAUCGAAAGAGGAGCGUUCCAGGAUUUAAAAGAACUGGAGAGGCUCCGUCUGAACAGAAAUAACCUUCAGUUGCUUUCUGAACUACUGUUUCUGGGGACGCCGAAGUUAUACAGGCUUGAUCUUAGUGAAAAUCAGAUUCAAGCAAUACCAAGGAAGGCUUUCCGAGGAGCAGUAGACAUAAAAAAUCUGCAACUGGAUUACAACCAGAUCAGCUGUAUUGAAGAUGGGGCAUUUAGGGCUCUGCGCGACCUGGAAGUGCUCACUCUCAACAAUAACAACAUCACUCGACUCUCCGUGGCAAGUUUCAAUCAUAUGCCCAAACUCAGAACUUUCCGUCUUCACUCCAACAACCUGUACUGUGAUUGCCACCUGGCCUGGCUCUCGGACUGGCUGCGGCAGCGGCCUCGCGUGGGCCUCUACACCCAGUGCAUGGGCCCGUCCCACCUCCGCGGGCACAACGUAGCGGAGGUCCAGAAGCGGGAAUUUGUCUGCAGUGGUCAUCAGUCUUUCAUGGCUCCCUCCUGCAGUGUCUUGCAUUGCCCUACUGCAUGCACCUGUAGUAACAACAUUGUGGAUUGUCGUGGGAAAGGCCUUACUGAAAUCCCAACAAAUCUUCCAGAAACCAUCACUGAAAUACGGUUAGAACAAAAUUCAAUCAAGGUCAUACCUCCUGGAGCUUUCUCACCAUAUAAAAAGCUUCGAAGAAUUGACCUGAGCAAUAACCAGAUCUCUGAAGCAGCUCCAGAUGCUUUCCAGGGUUUACGUUCGCUCAACUCACUUGUCCUCUAUGGCAAUAAAAUUACAGAACUUCCAAAGGGCCUCUUUGAAGGACUCUUUUCUCUGCAGUUGCUAUUACUAAAUGCCAACAAGAUCAAUUGCCUGCGAGUUGAUGCUUUUCAAGAUCUGCACAACUUGAAUCUUCUUUCUUUGUAUGAUAACAAGCUUCAGACCAUUGCAAAAGGCACCUUCUCACCCCUACGUGCCAUUCAGACGUUGCAUUUGGCUCAGAACCCAUUUAUCUGUGACUGCCAUCUGAAGUGGCUGGCGGAUUAUCUUCAUACAAACCCCAUUGAGACCAGUGGUGCCCGUUGCACUAGCCCCCGCCGUCUGGCAAACAAAAGGAUCGGCCAGAUCAAAAGCAAGAAAUUCCGCUGCUCAGCUAAAGAACAGUAUUUCAUUCCAGGCACUGAAGACUACCGAUCCAAAUUAAGCGGAGACUGCUUUGCAGAUUUGGCUUGCCCUGAAAAAUGUCGCUGUGAAGGGACCACGGUGGACUGCUCUAAUCAGAAACUCAACAAAAUUCCUGAUCACAUUCCCCAGUACACAGCAGAGUUGCGACUCAAUAACAAUGAAUUUUCAGUCCUGGAAGCUACUGGAAUCUUUAAGAAGCUGCCUCAGCUGCGUAAAAUAAAUCUGAGCAAUAACAAGAUUACAGAUAUCGAAGAAGGAGCAUUUGAUGGAGCCUCUGGUGUGAAUGAACUGUUACUUACUAGCAAUCGUUUGGAAAGUGUUCGACACAAAAUGUUCAAAGGACUAGAAAGUCUCAAAACACUGAUGCUAAGAAGCAAUCGCAUAAGCUGUGUAGGAAAUGAUAGCUUCACGGGACUAAGUUCUGUCCGUUUGUUGUCGUUAUAUGACAACCAGAUUACUACCGUUGCACCGGGCUCCUUUGAUACGCUUCAUUCGCUCUCUACGUUAAACCUCUUGGCCAAUCCCUUCAACUGUAACUGCCAUCUCGCGUGGCUUGGAGAUUGGCUAAGGAAGAAACGCAUCGUGACAGGAAACCCUCGCUGUCAAAAACCCUACUUCCUUAAGGAGAUUCCUAUCCAGGAUGUAGCAAUUCAGGAUUUUACCUGUGAUGACGGGAACGAUGACAAUAGCUGCUCUCCGCUGUCCCGCUGUCCUGCAGAAUGUACUUGUCUAGACACAGUAGUUCGCUGCAGCAACAAAGGCCUAAAAGCUUUGCCUAAAGGCAUCCCAAAAGAUGUAACUGAACUUUAUUUGGAUGGAAAUCAGUUUACCCUUGUUCCAAAAGAACUUUCUAACUACAAGCAUUUAACGCUUAUAGAUUUAAGUAACAACAGAAUCAGCACUCUUUCUAAUCAGAGCUUCAGCAACAUGACUCAGCUGCUCACCUUAAUUCUCAGUUACAACCGGCUGAGGUGUAUCCCUGCCCGGACCUUUGAUGGCUUGAAAUCACUUAGGUUGUUGUCUUUACAUGGCAAUGAUAUUUCUGUUGUUCCUGAAGGAGCUUUUAAUGAUCUUUCAGCAUUAUCACACCUGGCUAUUGGAGCAAAUCCUCUUUAUUGUGAUUGUAACAUGCAGUGGCUCUCUGACUGGGUAAAAUCAGAAUACAAAGAACCUGGUAUUGCACGUUGUGCUGGUCCUGGAGAAAUGGCAGAUAAACUUCUUCUCACAACUCCUUCAAAAAAAUUUACUUGCCAAGGGCCUGUGGAUGUUAAUAUUCUUGCCAAGUGUAAUCCUUGCUUAUCAAAUCCAUGCAAAAAUGAUGGAACCUGCAACAAUGAUCCAGUUGACUUCUAUAGAUGUACUUGCCCAUAUGGUUUCAAGGGUCAAGACUGUGAUAUUCCCAUUCAUGCCUGCGUUAGUAACCCUUGCCACCAUGGUGGAACUUGUCAUUUAAAAGAAGGAGAAAAAGAUGGUUUCUGGUGCACUUGUGCAGACGGAUUUGAAGGUGAAAACUGUGAAGUUAAUGUUGAUGACUGUGAAGACAAUGACUGUGAAAACAAUUCUACUUGUGUGGAUGGAAUUAAUAACUAUACUUGUCUUUGUCCACCUGAAUAUACAGGUGAGCUCUGUGAGGAGAAACUAGAUUUCUGUGCUCAAGACCUGAAUCCUUGCCAGCAUGACUCAAAGUGUAUCUUGACACCCAAAGGAUACAAAUGUGAUUGCACACCUGGAUACGUAGGUGACCAUUGCGAUAUUGACUUUGAUGACUGCCAGGACAACAAAUGUAAAAACGGAGCACAGUGUACCGAUGCGGUUAAUGGAUAUACAUGUGUUUGCCCAGAAGGAUACAGCGGCCUGUUUUGUGAGUUUUCACCACCAAUGGUUCUACCUCGCACCAGCCCUUGUGAUAAUUAUGAAUGUCAAAAUGGAGCCCAGUGUAUCAUAAAAGAAAGUGAACCAAGAUGUCAGUGUUUAUCAGGCUACCAGGGUGAGAAGUGUGAAAAGCUGAUCAGUAUAAACUUUGUGAACAAGGAAUCCUAUCUGCAAAUCCCUUCAGCUAAGAUACGCCCCCAGACCAACAUCACUCUGCAGAUUGCCACAGAUGAAGACAGUGGGAUCCUGCUGUACAAAGGCGAUAAAGAUCAUAUAGCAGUAGAGCUGUACCGUGGUAGAGUGAGGGUCAGCUAUGACACAGGAUCUUAUCCAGCCUCUGCUAUUUACAGUGUGGAGACUAUUAAUGAUGGCAAUUUCCACAUUGUGGAGCUGCUAGCCAUGGAUCAGAUUCUGUCCUUGUCUAUUGAUGGAGGGAGCCCCAAGAUAAUUACCAACUUGUCCAAGCAAUCCACUCUGAAUUUUGACUCUCCACUAUAUGUAGGAGGCAUGCCUGUGAAAAAUAACAUUGCAGCUUUACGCCAGUCUCCAGGACAGAAUGGCACCAGCUUCCAUGGUUGCAUCCGUAAUCUGUAUAUCAACAGUGAGCUCCAGGACUUCAGAAAUGUACCUCUGCAAGUGGGGAUUCUUCCAGGUUGCGAGCCUUGCCAUAAGAAAGUGUGUGUGCACGGGACAUGCCAGGCGACCAGCCAGUCGGGCUUUUCCUGCGAGUGUGAAGGAGGAUGGACUGGACCCCUCUGUGAUCAGCAAACUAAUGACCCUUGUCUUGGAAAUAAAUGUGUGCAUGGUACCUGCUUGCCGAUCAAUGCAUUUUCAUACAGUUGUAAAUGCCUGCAGGGACAUGGGGGAGUCCUCUGUGAUGAAGAGGAAAUGCUGUUUAACCCCUGCCAAUCCAUCAGGUGUAAACAUGGCAAAUGCAGGCUUUCAGGACUUGGGAAACCAUAUUGCGAAUGCAGCAGCGGAUACACAGGGGACAGCUGUGAUAAAGAAAUCUCUUGUCGAGGGGAACGAGUCCGAGAUUACUACCAAAAGCAGCAAGGGUAUGCUGCGUGCCAGACGACCAAGAAGGUAUCGAGACUAGAAUGUAAAGGAGGAUGCUCAAAUGGGCAGUGCUGUGGACCACUCAGGAGCAAGAGACGGAAAUAUUCUUUUGAAUGCACUGAUGGGUCCUCGUUUGUGGACGAGGUUGAAAAAGUGGUAAAGUGUGGCUGUACAAAUUGCCCCUCCUAAAUGUGUCCCCGUCACACUUGUCUUUUGAAAAUGUUGUAUACUUAUUGACCGUGUCGGACUAAUUAAUGCUUCAUAGUGGAAAUAUUUGAAAUAUAUUGUAAAAUACAGAACAGACUUAUUUUUAUUAUGAGAAUAAAGACUUUUUCUUCAUUUACAAAAAGAUUCAAGUGCUUGAACUGAGACUUCUCAUAACCAAGAGGAGCUUUGAAGAAAAAAAAAGACCUGGUAACAUUGCAACAGUGAUGGGAAACUUAACUGCUUUUAACAUGGAUUCUUCUUUAUAACGUGCUGAAGAUACACUGACACUAUACACGUGACUUUCAACUGACAGCUCAGAGAUGAAAUGUUGACCAGAACAUGAGGCUUGUUUUUUCACUUUCGUAUCAGUAUAUUUUAUUGUCUUGACAGACCAUACCAAUCACUUACCUAUGGAUGAGGAAGCAUUAUGAGUGAAAAGAAUGAGAUUAUACAGAAAUAACAAUUGUAUUAGAUACGUUUUAUGUUUUGGAAUUAUUAAGGCUCUUGAGAAGAUGGGGUCCCAUUUACUGGAUGGGAAAUGGGAGAUACAAGAAUAUACUAUAAUCCUGAAAUCUCCUGAUGAUGUAUACUUUUAUGUCAGCAUGUUAGCAAAAGAAGCAUACAGAAAGUGUUUAUCUGCCCUUUUCCAGUAUUAAUUUUUUGUAAUAUAAAUGUUACGGGGAUGAUAAAAAAUAGAUUAUUGAUGGAUAAAUUAGUAAUAAUAUGGAUUUCUGUUUCUAUGAGUUCUAAACAACUCUAUACAGUAUUCGGUUUCAUUGAGAAAUAUUUAUUGUAUCAAAGUACUUUGUACUUAACCCUUUUAGGCCACCCCUUUUACUGUUUUUCAAUGCUUUAAUAUAUAUUAAUUUAUAUUUGUCCUGGUAUUUUUGUAUUUGUUUUUUUUUAAAAAAAGACUUAAAAAUCAGGAUUUUUUGCAAUAGAACUAACGUAGCAUGUCGUCUUGGGGUAAAUGUUUUUGGUCUGUUUUUUUUCUCCCCUUCCCCUUCCCCAUUUCUUUUCCUUAGAAUCUGACCACUUGGUGUUACUGAGUCUGAAAGUGAUGACAAUCUGCAGUUUUCACAUACAGCAGAUAUUCGGGACACCUUCCAAGAACCUGUAAUGUAUGACAAAAUGUCUUUACACUAGAUGGCAAUUGUAUAGAGGUUAAUUUUCCCUAUAUACAGUACUUACAGAAAAUAAGAUGGCAUGUAGAAAAUGACAUUAGAAAGUAGAUCUUUAUAAAUUAAUAUUCCCAUGGAGCUUUUUACCUUUUUUACAAAAAAAGAAGAAAAGGCUGUGCUAUCAAGAACUGUGACUUUCCCCAAAUAAUAAAACUACUUUACUGCCCUAAUGUUCCCCAUGUUAACAUGUUGCUGCUAAAUUAUAAUGUAGAAUUGGUAAUCAUUAAUAGUGGGUUGUGUUCUUCUUUCAGUAAAACCCAGGGUACCCUGUAAAAAAAAUGCAGAUGUUUUUCAAUUUUAUUUUAUUAUUUUUUUUUACAAAAAAGUUAGAUGUACAUGUGUAAUGCAGUGUGCUUUGUCUUAUUUGGACUGAUAUCAGUAAUAAUACUGAUGUUUGUAAAUUAAACAGAUAUUUACUUCA